CUCCAUAUAAAAACCGGGGAAAGGAGCAGCUGUUAGAGAGGUUUCACGAGAAAGCCUGUCGUGAUUGGAUCCAUACAAAAUCUCCUCUCUCCCUCUCUCUCUCUCUCUGCUCUGCUCAUUCCCCCUUUUCUCACUCACCCACAUUUCUUCUCCCUCUCCCACGCGGCGGAGCAAUUAAUAUCAGCGGCGACGGAGACCCGAAUAGUGAGUGAGAUUGUGAGAGAGAUAAACCGGCGGUGGUCGGCAGCUCGAACUAAAGCUGAAAACAGGGGAGGGAACAAAACAAUAACUAAAAAGAGUAAAGAGGAGUUUCCCCUCACCGCCAUCCAGGGCUUUGUUGCUUGCUUCUUUUGAUGGCACAAUCCCAUUUCCAAAUUUCCCCCUGAUUCCUCCCCUUCUUCCCUUUUUCCGUCGCUGCGCUGUCUCCUCCACCCACCAUUUUGUGGGUUUCUGCCAUUAUCGCUGAUUUCUUUAGAUUUCAGAAGCAAGAUGUCUCGGCCUCUUCAUCGAGGCAUAUCAGGUGGGGUGCGGAUCUCAGGUAGCAACGAUGAUCUAUGGGACUCACAAAUGAAAGACAAAACCGACAAAGAAAAAGAGGAUUAUUUGGACAAAACUCGUGCUUCUACUCCAGACAAUAGCUACCUAUCCCUGAGGUUUCCUUUUCGGGUAUUCUUCUCGGAAACUAGCUCACCUUCCAAAUAUGCUGCUACUGAGAACGGCUUACACUCUUCUGAUCCCUUUACCAUUGGAUCACCCAGAAGUAGGCAGAAACUAGCCAUGUUCCUUCUAAGGCUGAGCUUAGCUCUCAUUGUAAUUCUUGCUCUCACCGGUUCCUUUUGGUGGACAAUCUCCAUUUCCACGACCUCAAGAGGCCAAAUCAUUCACAAUUACAGGCGGCUCCAGGAGCAGCUUGUCUCCGAUUUGUGGGAUAUUGGGGAGCUCUCACUUGGUUCUUCCAAGACCAAAGAAGUGGACUUUUGUCCCGAGGAAGAAUCUGAGAAUUAUGUUCCUUGCUUCAAUGUUACGGAGAAUCUUGCAUUGGGUUACUCCAAAGGAGAUGAGAAUGAUCGUCAAUGUGGGAAAGGGUCAAGGCAGAAUUGCUUGGUGCUUCCGCCUUUGAACUAUAGGAUCCCUCUUAGGUGGCCUACUGGAAGAGAUGUUAUCUGGGUUUCUAAUGUUAAGAUCACUGCACAAGAGGUGCUCUCGUCUGGUAGUUUUACUAAGCGGAUGAUGAUGCUAGAGGAAGACCAGAUUUCUUUUCGUUCUGCAUCUCUUAUGUUUGACGGUGUUGAAGAUUAUUCCCAUCAAAUUGCUGAAAUGAUUGGCCUGAGAAAUGAAUCAAACUUUAUCCAGGCUGGGGUCAGGACGAUUCUUGAUAUAGGAUGUGGUUAUGGUAGUUUUGGAGCACAUCUCUUUUCCAAGCAGCUUUUAACUAUGUGCAUUGCUAAUUAUGAGGCGUCAGGCAGUCAAGUUCAGCUUACUCUUGAAAGAGGCCUUCCGGCAAUGAUUGGAUCCUUUACUUUGAAACAGUUGCCCUAUCCUUCUCUUUCAUUUGACAUGUUGCAUUGUGCAAGAUGCGGCAUCGAUUGGGACCAAAAAGAUGGUAUUUUCUUGGUCGAAGCUGAUCGCCUUUUAAGGCCAGGAGGGUAUUUUGUUUGGACUUCACCACUCACCAAUGCUCGCAAUAAGGAAAAUAUCAAAAGGUGGAACUUUAUUCGAGAUUUUGCCGAAAAUCUAUGUUGGAAGCUGGUGUCUCAAGAAGAAGAAACUGUUGUAUGGAGUAAGACCGACAAAAAGAGCUGUUACAGUUCCAGGAAGCCGGGUUCAGGCCCUUCUCUCUGCAGCAAAAGCCACGAUGUUGAGUCUCCCCAUUAUCGGCCUUUGCAAGCAUGCAUAGCUGGAACUCAGAGUCGUCGGUGGAUUCCCAUUAGAGAAAGGGCAACUUGGCCUUCUAGAUCUCACCUGAACAAGAAUGAGCUUGCAGCACAUGGAUCAAGCUUGGAGGACUUUGCUGAGGAUGGUGAGAGAUGGAAGGCAGCAGUCACAAAUUAUUGGUCUCUUCUCUCACCUAUUAUAUUUUCGGAUCAUCCGAAGAGACCUGGUGAUGAAGAUCCUUCACCACCAUAUAACAUGCUCAGGAAUGUGCUCGAUAUGAAUGCCCAUUUUGGUGGUCUCAAUUCUGCACUGCUGGAGACGGGGAAGUCUGUCUGGGUUAUGAAUGUGGUUCCAACAAGCGGACCAAACUAUCUCCCUAUGAUACUCGACCGUGGCUUUGUUGGUGUAUUGCAUGAUUGGUGCGAGGCAUUCCCAACAUACCCCAGAAGUUAUGAUCUGGUGCAUGCCGACGGACUCUUGACCCUCGAAGCAAGUCAACAGCGGAGGUGCACCUUGCUCGAUUUAUUCCUCGAGAUUGAUCGGUUGCUUCGUCCCGAGGCAAGCCAACCUACAAUUUCCUUAUGCAAGAAUGAUACGCCAACUGCCAAGUCGUGUUACCAGAACCUACUUACUGUGAAUUCGGUUUUAAGCCAGUUGUCUGUUCAUCUGCAGGGUUGGGUGAUACUUCGAGAUUCGGCAGCACUUAUCGAAUCAUCAAGGGCUCUAACGGCGCGGUUGAAAUGGGACGCCCGAGUUGUAGACAUCGAAAGCAAUAGCGAGGAGAAACUCCUCGUGUGCCAGAAACCUUUCAUAAAGAGGCAAGCUAGUCAAUCCUCCUGAAAGACCUGUAUCCAGUCAUUGGAGAAAAGAAGAUAGAAGAUCAUAAUACCCUAUUCAAUAUUCAUUUUGUCAUGCGUUACUUAUAUGGCCGUAAAAGCUCCCAUCACACAAAAUAGGAGCAACCACAUGCAAGAAAAGAAAAAGGAGAAAGCUUUGGACAGAAAGAAGGGAACCAGACAGCUACAGAAUGGUGGAUUCAACCACAUCAAAACUUAAAAGUACCUAUGGAGCCGCAAGGCUUUCCAUAUGGCCAGUGUAAUUACUUGAGAGCACCAGUCGUACCAAGUGAACGUGGGAAGUACAGCGAGUUGGAUUUCAAUUAUUAUUUCUUGUUUCCCAUUUGUGAUGUGAAGUUAUACCCACAUAUUACGAUCGUGAAGAUGAUCAGAAGGAAUAAGGAGAUUACUAUUUUGUUGUAUCAUAUGGAUUGGAAUUUGGAAGAAAGACUGAUGAUGAUCUCUGUUUCUUGAUUGUUACUAUUCAAUGGUUAAAGAGGCUGGUGGCAGUUGUGUUAUAUCUGGCCUACAGUUCUGCAGGUGGGAAUUGCAGAAGAGACAGAGUUAUGUUUUCCAUGUGGCUUGUGUAUUUUGAUGUGUUAUAUGGCCUACAAGACAACCUGAAGCAGAAAUAGCAGUAAGAAGGUGCAGUUUGCAGGUCUGUCAUUCUCUUAAAGUGGUCUCUGAAAAGGGCAAUAUUGUACCCUCCACCUUUUGGCCUUCUGGCUUCUGGGACCUGAGCUGAGAUGACAUUAUUGGAGGCAGGCAGGCUAAUGUGUAUGUCCUAUUGAAAGUGAAAUAUAAAUCGUAGCGUAGGGUUAUUGAUGAAUAGGGUAAAGUGAGGUUUGGGGUAGUUUCGCGGUUGGU